GUCAAUAGUAUUUAACUUAGGCGCCCUAAGCACAGCGAAAUUUGGUGGUAGAUAAAACUCAUUUUCAUACUAUUUUCUUUCCCCUGACUUUGGAACAAGUUUCUGGCUCGGUCUGCUUUCGAACCCUUUCCUCUCAGAUAACUACACGGACAGUCGUAUCAUCUCUUAGACAAAAUGGAAGCAAUUAAGAAGAAGCUGAUGGCUCUGAAGAACGAGUGCGACCAGGCACUGGACGAGGCAGAACAGGCCAAGGAGCUCCAGAAGAACGCCGAGGACAAAGUCGCCAAGUUGGAGGAGGAGCUGUCUGAGGCUCACAAGGCGUCCAAGCAGGUGGAGGAUGAGCUAGACAAAGUACAGGAACAGCUGGACAAAACCAACCACCAACUAGAUGACGCCAACAAGGAGAAGGCCACAUCGGAGGCGGAGUCGGCGGCGUACCAGAGGAGGCUGCAAUUGGCGGAGGAGGAGUUGGACAGGACUACUGAGCGACUGAACACAACCACCGAGAAGCUGGAGGUUUCCGAGAAGAGAGCCGACGAACUCGAACGAGAGAGGAAAGUGCUGGAGAACAAGGCGAUGGAUGAUGACGACAAGAUAGAGAUGUUGGAGAUGCAGCUGAAAGAGGCCCAGCUGAUCUCGGAAGAGAUGGACAAGAAGUUCGACGCAGUCUCCAGAACCCUCGUAGUCGUGGAGGGCAACCUCGAGAGGGCCGAGGAGAGAGCCGAGAGCGGAGAGACGAAGAUCACCGAGUACGAGGAGGAGCUGAACAUGUUGGCCAGUAACCUGAAGUCGGUCGAGGUCAACUUGGAGCAGGCGAACGAGCGGGAGUCGGAGUACGAGACGACAAUCAAGGACCUCGACGAGCGACUGGAGGAGGCACUGAAGAGAGCCGAGUUCGCAGAGAGGACCAUCAACAAACUCGAACAGCAGCUGGACAACGUGGAAGAAGAUUUGUUCAACGAGAGAUCCAAAUUCAGAAACAUCAUGGCAGAACUUGACCAGAUUUUGGCUGAGAUCACCGGACAGUCAUAAGGCGCCAGAGGAGCUGCCGGAACCCAGUGACGCCCAAGAUACCAACAAAGGAAACAAACUAUCCCUUUUUCAGAUACUGCUAACUUGUAUUAUUUGAACUCUUAAUAAUAAGUAUCCAAUAAAUUAUUAAUUUACGUAAUUGUACACCAUUUAGUCUGCCUGAAAGAGCCAGAGAUUUUGAUCAAUCACAGAGCCACAGAUUUUGGUGGUGAUUCUUGCAUUUUUAUUAACUUUUGCUUCUAUUGUUACUAUUAUGAAUAAAUUUACUCAAAUAUUAA